UUGCCGCGUGAUUUGUGAGCCGUAUGAACAAGGGCGGUGGUGUGAACCACGUCUUGAGCGCUGGGCUGCGGUACCUAGGUUGAGGCUGUGGUGAUAGAGGUGUGGUGGUUCUACGAACGCAGUGGAAAACACUCAUGCUGCAAAGCUAGCAAGGUCACUGGUCAUGUCAAGCCAAGACCAUGUGGCCACCUCACGGCCAGUUCCACUAUUCGACAAUACUGAUGAGGGAAUAUUCAGUACCAAGAAGGCACGAGCCCAGACGGAGCGCAAGUACCGGCCGCCGCCGCCGCCGCACCCGGCCCGCAUCCGCAGCACACUCUCCCGCAGCCGCGUGCGCUCCUGCCUGCCCGAGACGCGCGCGCUGGCUGUCUCUUUCAAGGACGACUCCGACUCGUCGGUACUGACCAACAGUCUAUACAACACGUCCCACCAGCUCUCCUUCCUGGACCAGUGCUUCGAGGACAAGCAGCCGAUCGGCACCGGCUGCUUCGGCGAGGUGUUCAGCGCGCGUAGCAAGCUGGACGGCAAGAUGUACGCCAUCAAGAAGUCACGGCAGCGCUUCCGAAGCAAUGCUGACCGCCGGCGGCGGCUGGAGGAAGUGCGCAAACACGAGCGUCUGCCGCCGCACCGGCACUGCGUGUCGUUCCACGGCGCGUGGGAGGAGCAGGAGCACCUGUACCUGCAGACGGAGCUGUGCGCCACCUCGCUGGCCGACGUGGCCGACGCCAACCACAGCAUCCCCGAGGCCACCGUGUGGGCGUACAUGGUGGACCUGCUGCUGGCGGUGAAGCACCUCCACGACAACCAGCUGGUGCACCUGGACAUAAAGCCGGAGAACAUCUUCGUGUUCCGCGAGGGCUACUGCAAGCUGGGCGACUUCGGCCUCGUGAUGGACGUGUCUGGCAACUGUGACCUGAACGACUCGGACGUGACUGAGGGCGACCCCAAGUACAUGGCGCCGGAGCUGAUGCGCGGCGUGUUCUCGCCCGCCGCCGACAUCUUCUCGCUGGGCCUGACGCUGCUGGAGCUGGCCUGCGACCUGGAGCUGCCGCGCGGCGCCGCCGGCUGGCACCGGCUGCGCCAGGGCCAGCUGCCGGCGCCGCUCCGCGACGCGCUGUCGCCGCCGCUGUGGGACGUGCUGGAGCGCAUGCUGCAGCCGGAGCCGGAGCGGCGACCGUCGGCCGGCGAGCUGCUGCGUCUGCCGGCCGUGCGCGCCGCCCGCCGCCGCGUGAGCGUGGUGCGUGGCGUGCUGGCGCGACUCUACAUGACGCUGCUGUCGGCGCUCGUGUUCCUGCUCUGGCUGGUGUGCUGGCCGGUCCGCUGCAUGACAGACGCGUCCGCGUCAGCCGGCGCCAUGUCGCCGCUCCAGCCGCCCGCGCCCGCCGACGGCCGCGGCGAGCCGCCCGGCUGGUUCGACCCGGCCAUCAGUGACGUGGACGACGAUUCGCUGGACGUGAGCGUGGACGAGCUGCACCACCUGCCGGCCGCUGUGCGCAACUCCACCCCCAAGAUGGCGUCGGCGCGGCCGACGCUGCGCAGCCGCCACCAGGACUCGCUGCGCCGCGAGCUGGCCUUUGGAGCCGCCCAGCCGAUCCCUGUGGAGGAGGAGGGCGACGACUCAUCCUGGGCGCCGCCCAGCCGCCGUCUGGAAGAGAGCUUCAACAGCUGCGCCACGGUGCGGCUGGAUUUCAAGGGCGCCGAGUUCUCAGACGACGACUGA